AUGUCGCUGCCAGUGGUGCAUCUUCAGAUCAUAGACGAGCUGGGCAUGGGUAGUGGAAUUCUCAAUCUGCCGAUGUGCCUCAAGGAAAGCUUGAAUGCGAUACGGAUUGCGUUGGGGUUCCACUCGGGUGCUAACAUUUCUUUGACGAUGCGGACGAACAAGCUACGCCGCAUGCGAUACCUCCUACGGAACGAGAUGGGCAGGAUAGUUAGGUACCUCGGCGAAGUAGUCCUCCAUCAGCUGCUCGUGGCCGUGGAGGCGAUAGCGCUGGAUGUGAGAUGCUCUAAGCCGGGGAUGGAGUCCAUCCUCGGGUGGCGGUGGCAGCCCCACGGCUGCGACCUCCCCCACUUCGACGCUGCCACCUUCCUCCGCCUCGUGCGGGGCAAGUCCAUGGCCUUCGUCGGGGACUCCGUCGCCUGUAACCACAUGCAGUCCCUCAUGUGUCUCCUCGCCAAGGUGGAGUACCCGAUGGAGAUCGAGCCGAGAGGCUGCUUCCACUGCACGCGCAAGUACCACUACCGGGAGCACGACUUCACGGUGUGCGUGUACUGGACGCCGUUCCUGGUGCGGUGGAACCUGACGCAUGGCGGGCAGUCGUUCAUAGACCCGCACAACGUGUACCUCGACGAGUCGGACCCUGAGUGGAGCGGCGACGUCGCUGGCUAUGACUACGCCGUUCUCAGCGGCGCCAAGUGGUUCACGCGCCCCACCUUGCUCUACGAGGGCGGCCGCAUCCUCGGCUGCGCCAACGUGGACGGCUGCGAGGCGGCGCACAACGCCACCGACGUGGCCCCGGACUACGCGUUGUGUGCGUCGUUCCGGACCGCACUCCGUGCGCUGGCCGGGUUCCGCGACAGGGUGGUGGUCCGGACGGUGGCGCCGCCGCACUACGAGAACGGCAAGUGGUACAACGGGGGGAACUGCCUGAGGACGCGGCCAGUGCGGAGCAACGAGACGAGCCUGCCGGAGACCGAGGCCGCGUUCCACGCCGCGCAGGUGGGGGAGUUCCGGACCGCGGCGUCGGCAGCGUCGGCGGCGAGGUUUGUGCUGAUGGACGUGAGCGAGAUGAUGCAGAUGAGGGCCGACGGACACCCCGGGCAGUACAGGCACUGGCCGCACGAGAAGGUCGGCUUCAGCAUCGACUGCAUGCACUGGUGCUUGACUGGGCCCGUCGACGCAUGGAACGAGCUUCUGCUCCAUUUGCUUCUGAGUGGUUAA